AAAAACAAUCCUCAGGAACGACCAGAAACCUCUGCAUUGGUUGCAAUGAAACAUUCAAAGCAAACCGCUUCAGUACAAAGGGACCAGCUAGAUCAAGAAAGUCCAAAUUGGGUGACAAAUAAGAAAAGGAGACCUUGUAUCUUCUGCAACAACAAUCACUGGGAUAGCAAGUGUCAAAUAUAUCCUACAGUCGAGCAACGAAUUUGUCGAUUGAAGGAAAUUAAGGUUUGCCCUAAUUGUUUCAAGCUUGGACAUAGCGAAUUCGACUGCAAAAAAGACUCCCUUUAUACCGAUAAAACUAACCAGUUCAAGCAGCCCAAAGAUUCUGGAGUUGACAAAGGAAAGAUUGUGGUUAGAAAUGCAAAUAUAUCUGUUAAUUCGACUACGAAAGUCGAAAAGAAAAGAAUACUGUUUUUAUGUAAAGAAAUUACUGUUUUUAAUCCUGAUAAGCCUGAACAACAAGUACAAGUCCUAGUACUCUUUGACGUCGGUGCUGAUGCAACCUUCAUUUCACAAAAGUUAGCACAUCAACUGAAUCUCAGAGAAACCGAUGAAGAAUACAUAAUCUCCUCCUUUGGCACAGGAAUCCCAGGAUAUGCUACGUAA